CGCCGCCUCCAUCUUGGCGGAGCGGCGCGUUUGGGGGUCCCGGCCCGGAGCGGGGGGGCCGGACUGGGGGUCCCGGCCCGGAUUGGGGGGUCCGGGCUCGGAUCGGGGGGUCCCGGCCUGGAUUGGGGCGUCCCAGCCCGGACUGGUGGGGGUCCGAUCCCGGAUUGGGGGGUCCCGGGGCGGACUGGGGAUCCCGGCCUGGACUGGGGGGUCCUGGCCUGGAUUUGGGGGUUCCCUUGGGUGCAGCCCUUAGAGGGGAGUGCAGGAUUUUGGGGUCCCCUUGGGUACUGGCCUUAGAGGGGAGGUCAGGAUUUUGGGGUCCCCUUGGGUGCAGCCCUUAGAGAGCAGUGCAGGAUUUUGGGGUCCCCUUGGGUGCAGCCCUUAGAGGGCAGUGCAGGAUUUUGGGGGGUCCCCUUGGGUGCAGCCCUUAGAGAGGAGUUCAGGAUUUUCGGGGUCCCCCCGAGGUGUUCCCUUUGAGCAGGAGUGUUGCUGGGUUUUGGGGUUCAUUCACCUGUGGUAGCGGGGUUUGGGGGGUCCCCAAAUUAGUCACUGCAGGAGAGGGUCCUCAAGAGGUCUGGGGGGGCUUUGGGACCCCCAGAAAUCAGGGGGAGGUGUUGGGGUGCCCCGAGGAGCCCCUGGCUUGGGGUGACACUGAACACCCUGUUUUGGGGUGACCCUGAGGCCCAUCGGUUUGGGGGUGACCCCAAGUCCCCCUCGUGCUUCAGGUACCCCCAAAGCCCCCUGGUUUUGGGGGGAACCCCCACCAGCCCCUUUUUGGGGUGACCCCCAAGGACCUGCGUGCUUGGGGGUGCCCCAGACCCCACUUUUCCCUUGUCCCCAAGACACCCCCAUUUUUGAGUACCCCUUGACCCCCCCCAUUUUUGGGGUCUCCCAAAGACCCCCUGUUUUGAAGUGACCACAACAACCCCUUUCUUUUUGGGGGGUGACCCAGAGGACCCCUGCUUUUUGGAGUGACCACGACAACCCCGUUUCCUGGGGGGUGGCCCUGAGGACCCCCCGUUUUUGGGGGCGAGCCGGUGGCCGUUUUUGGGGUGCCCCGGGGCCAUGGCGUGGGCGCUGAAGCUGCCGCUGGCGGACGAGGUGAUCGAGUCGGGGCUGGUGCAGGAUUUCGACGCCAGCCUCUCGGGCAUCGGGCAGGAGCUCGGCGCCGGCGCCUACAGCAUGAGCGACGUGCUGGCUCUGCCCAUCUUCAAGCAGGAGGAGUCCAGCCUGCCCCCCGAGAGCCAGGACAAGCUGCUGCCCUUCCAGUACGUGCUGUGCGCCGCCACCUCCCCCGCCGUCAAGCUGCACGACGAGACCCUCACCUACCUCAACCAAGGAUUUGGGGGUGGGGUGUUCUUUCCUCCUCCCGGCCCCGUCUGCGGCCGGCGCAGAGCCAGCGGCGGGACUCGAACCCGCGGCCCCGCGGGAGGCGCCACACAGCCCAGCGCCGCAAGCCGCCUCGGCCACGCCCCCCCAGCCAAUCCCCGAGCGGCCUGCCCGGCGCGCAGCUCUCUAUUGGUUUCUGUGGCCGUCCGUUAUGCGGCAAGGCCCGCUCUCAUUGGCUGA